AUGAGCAUAGGUUGGGUCCCAGCUGUCACCCACAAGAUGAAGAAGCAGAAGCACAGAGAGGUGGAACGCAUUGCUGUCCUGCGGAUCUUGGGGCAGGGUCGCUCAGUGCCCCCCACCCCGUUCUCUGGUCGUGGGGUCAUCAGUGAGCUUGGCCUCGCCAAGCCGCCCCCUGUAGUAGCCCUGACCAGUGCCCAUGGCCUGGCAGGCAGCCUUUUCAGCCGAAGCCAAGGUCAAGGGGCGCAGCCAGGAGGGCAGGGGGUCACGGCCUUGCAGUCUGGGCAGAGGUUGCGUCAGCCCAAGCAGAGCCCAGGGGCAGGGGGCCCUUCUGGGAGGGCAGAGGCUGGCCUGGUUGUCCAAAAGCCAAGGGAGCAGAGUCCUGAGCUCAGGAAGGCAAGUCCGGAGAGCUGGGUCCCGCCUGGCCCCUCACACCUGGCCAGAGACUUAGGCAGGCAGCGUGCUCUCCCUGGACCUCAGUCUUCCCGUCUGUGCAAUGAGCAUGCUAGACUAGAAGGCCCGCCGCCCUGGGUCCGCGCUCUUCCCCAGCCCGGGCAGUGCCAGCGACGGAGUAGAGCAUCCUUCUGGCUGGCACUGUCAGCCUCUUGGCUCCUCCUUGUCCUCCUGGGAGUCUCGCCCCUUCUCCGCCUGACAGUGUCUCCCAGACCUCAGUCACGGGCCCCCAAUGGCUGGCCGCGCUGGCUGGAUGCAGAGCUCCUGCGGAGUUUCUCCCAGCCUGGGGGACACCCAGAAGAUGCCCGUCCACCUCUGCAGGGCCCCCGUGGCGGCAGCUGCAGCUGGGGAACCUGCUUUGACACCUCGAAAUGCAGGGGCGACGGCCUCAAGGUAUUUGUGCACCCAGUGACUGGGCCCAUCUCAGAGACCCAGCGCAGGGUCCUGGCUUCUGUGGAGGGCUCCCGCUAUUACGCCACCGCCGCCGCCAAGGCCUGCCUCCUCCUCCUGGCUGGACAGUGUGGCCGGGAGCCCCUGCUGUGGCAUGGGGGCAGGAACCAUCUGGUCAUCAGUCUCCACGCAGCCCCCUGCCCCCGGACCUUCCAGCUGGGGCAGGCCAUGGUGGCCGAGGCCAGCCCCACGGUGGACACCUUCCGGCCGGGUUUCGAUGUGGCUCUCCCACUUCUGCCUGAAGCCCACCCCCUGCGAGGGGGCGCUCCUGGCCGGCUGCGGCAGUACAGCCCUCAGCCCAGGGAAGCCCUGCUGGCCUGGGCAGGGGAGAGCGGCGGGGGGCCCCCAGCAGGCACGGACUCCUCUGCCUGCCCCUGGCACGGGCGCUGUGAGCAGGACGCUGGAGCAGAGCAGACCCACCCUGGGGAUACGCUGCCCAGCGCCACCUUCUGCCUCAUCCCGGGCCGCCGUCCUGGUGCCGGGCGCUUCCUCCAAGCCCUGCAGGCAGGCUGCAUCCCUGUGCUUCUCAGCCCCCGCUGGGAGCUGCCCUUCUCCGAGGUCAUCGACUGGACCAAGGCGGCCAUUGUCGCUGAUGAGAGGCUCCCACUCCAGGUCCUGGCUGCCCUGCAGGAGAUGCCCCCGGCACGGGUCCUCGCCCUGCGCCAGCAGACGCAGUUCCUGUGGGGCGCCUACUUCUCCUCAGUGGAGAAGGUGGUCCUGACCACUCUGGAGGUCCUUCGCUCCCGGCUGGCUGGCGCACCAGCUCACCCCUGGCAGCUGUGGAACAGCCCCCCGGGGGCGCUCCUGGCCCUGUCCACCUUUUCCACCCGUCCCCAGGACUUCCCCUUCUACCAUCUGCAGCAGGGCUCCCGCCCUGAGGGCAGAUUCAGCGCCCUGGUGUGGGUGGGGGCCCCCGGCCAGCCCCCCGUGAAGCUCAUCCAGGCGGUGGCAGGCUCUCGGCACUGUGCCCAGAUCUUGGUUCUCUGGAGCAGUGAGAGGCCACUCCCAUCUAGGUGGCCAGAAACAGCAGUGCCCUUGAGGGUCAUUGGCGGGCACAGGAAGGCCAGCGAUCGCUUCUUCCCACACGCUGCCAUCAACACGGAUGCCGUGCUCAGCCUCGACGCACACAGCAGUCUCUCCACAAGCGAGGUCGACUUCGCCUUCGCAGUAUGGCAGAGCUUCCCGGAGCGGAUGGUGGGCUUUCUGACCUGGAGCCACUUCUGGGACGAAGCCCGGGGUGGCUGGGGCUACACGGCUGACAGGACCAACGAGUUCUCUAUGGUACUCACCAGAGCUGCCUUCUACCAUAGAUAUUACCACACUCUCUUCACCCACUCCCUGCCCAAGGCUCUGAGGGUCCUGGCAGAUGAGGCCCCUGCCUGCGUGGACGUGCUGAUGAACUUCCUAGUAGCCGCGGUCACCAAGCUGCCCCCUAUCAAGGUGCCCUACAGCAAGCAGCAGGAGGCCGCUCCCCUGGCGCCCUGGGGCCCGGGAUCUACAGCGCAGCCGCAGUCGCAGCCCCCAGUCCCGGACUGCAUAAACCCGAUGGUAGCGGGUUUCGGCCACAUGCCCUUGGUGUCCUCUCGCCUGCGUCUGGACCCGGUGCUGUUCAAGGACCCAGUUUCCGUGCAGCGCAAAAAAUACCGCAGCCUGGAGAAGCCCUAGAAGAGAGCUGCGGAGAUCUCAGCCCUGCUCAGAUCUUAACCCUGCUCAACCCGCCUCUGGGACACCAGAGAGCCAAUCAUGAAAGCCCGUCGGCCAGCACGUCAGACCCAAUUGGCCAAUCAGCCGUGGCGCCCUGGGCGGCGCGGGAGCUCUCUGCGGCCGGGGUGCCUGGGUAUAUGGGUGAACCCCUUGCAUGAGUGCUUUUCUGUGCUUCUCCACCGAGCUAAUAUCUACUUGUCUUUCAGGUCUUCGCUUUCUCCAGGGACUUGCCUGACUCUCAUCCCCGCCCGCGACAGAUUCGGUCUCCUCCCGGGUGCAUGGUACCGUGCAUUGUGCGCGCCGUUGGGCCCCGGGAGGGGCCUGUGAGCCCCGAAUGGCGGGACGUGUUCUCUCUGGCUGGGCAGGUGCACCGCAAAUACUUGACAAAUGAUAGGAGAGACAUUAACUGCGUGCAGCCCUAUGCCGGCCGAGAGCGUGGACACGGUGUGCCAAAAGAAAAAACUCCGUCCCCCACGCCCCAAGACUCCUAGUCCGGCAGAAAGGCAGCCACCUGCAGGUGUGUGAGCAGGGAGAUGUGCCAAGUGAGGGGCGCGCCUUGGGCCCUGGCCUCAGCCGCGGCCAGCCGCCUGCAUUACCGACGUGUGCCACUAGAGGUCAGCGCCACACCGCACUCUCAGAAGGCGUGGCGUCUCCACGUGCCCACCUGGUCAGAGGACGGGCAAGGGGACCGGGAGGGGUAACGUGUGUGCAGCUGAAAUUUGAAAACUGCAGGGAGGCAUCUGAAAUAGCUUUACCCCGCUGAUCUGCACACUUGGAGCCCAGUAAAGAGCCACUUCCAGGUGGGCUGGGCAAAUGCUGGGCCUGUUCCAAGCGCUGGCUGAGGGUCGAGUAGAACUGGGGACGCUGGUUUCUCCUGGAUUCACCCACCUGGAACUGGAAUUAUCGCUUCCGAAAUAAAGCGCGUGUCCUUGCUCCCUCAC